AUGUCGAACAGAAUCGAAAAGUCCCUUUCUCGAAAAUCCGAACAACGCCUUCAGCUUUCUCUAACUAUCAACCUUCAAAGUUUUGAAGUCAUGCCUUGUUCUUUUUGUAUUUCGAAGAGGUUAGAGUGUAAGAUGAUAAAAGAUAUCAAAAGGUGUUCCUGUUGUAUUCGCUGGGAUCGUUUCUGCAAUAGUUCCGGUAUUCCAUUAUUCCUUAUUUGCCUUCUAAUCCUUCUGAUAGUAUCUCGUAUCAUCACCGAGCUUGGUUGUUUAGAUCGGAAAGAGUUGGAUGCAGAGGAAGUUCUUCUCGAACUUCAGUCUAAAUUGAGCGAGGCAACAGCUCGUUUGAUGCGUUUGCGAAAACAGAAACGUUCUCUGCGUGAUCGUAGUGCGAAGAUGGUUAGUUAG